AUGAUUGUUCCAACUACGCCUCAGCUGUCGACUGAGGACGAAACGAGAACAUAUAACGCUCUAUCCCGAUUACUAAAAAUAGGUGCAAUAUCUCGUUGCAAGCCAUGCAGCAAUCAGUUUUUGUCCUCAUAUUUUCUGAGACAAAAAUCUAGUGGCGAAGACCGUUUCAUCCUCAAUCUUAAGAAACUAAAUAAAUUCAUCCCAACAUCACAUUUUAAGAUUGAGGAUUUGAAAACGGCAAUAAGCCUUAUAAAUAAAAAUUUUUUCAUGGCGGUAAUCGAUCUCAUAGAUGCGUAUCUCAUGGUCACAGUAACAGAGGAACACCGCAAGUUCCUUCGUUUUGCUUUCAGGGACGAAACCUAUGAAUUCCAGAGUUUACCUUUCGGGCUUUGCACAGCCCCGUACAUUUUUACGAAACUGCUCAAACCCGUUGUCCAUCAACUCAGAUGUCAAGGAAUUAUCCUUGUGAUCUAUCUGGACGACAUACUGAUUAUAGCAAAAUCAGAAGCAGAAUGUCGUAAACAUGUUCACAUCACACGAAAGUUGUUGGAAUCUCUGGGAUUCAUGACUAGUGAAAGCAAGAGCCAGCUACAGCCCGCUCAACGAUGCAUCUUUUUAGGGCUAGUACUAGAUACCAAAAAAUUUCGCAUUGAAUUACCAGAUAAAAAAAGAUUGACAAUUAGCAAGCUAGUCGAUAGGUUUUUGAAAAACAAAGAGUGUAAAAUACAGGAUUUAGCAAAAUUGAUCGGCACCCUAGUUGCCGCAUGCCCCGCAGUUAAAUACGGUUGGUUACACACAAAAAGACUUGAACGCGAAAAAUAUCUUGCACUAAUAGAAUCCAACGACAAUUAUAAUAGCAAAAUCACACUUCCCAAUAUUAUUCAGCCAGAUCUAGAAUGGUGGGCAGAAAAAAUACGAAAUUCAUUUAAUCCCAUUAGGAAAAACGUCUAUUCGAAAGAGAUCUACACAGAUGCAUCAUUGACGGGCUGGGGAGCUUUUUGUGAAGGUGAAAAAGCCUACGGUUUGUGGACGGAAGCUGAGAGUAACCUUCACAUAAAUGCUCUGGAGUUGAUAGCAGCCUUCUUUGGAUUGAAAUGUUUCGCCAAAGAAAUGCACAAUUGUGAGAUAUUGCUUCGUAUGGACAAUACGACUGCGAUUGCUUACGUCAACAGAAUGGGCGGGAUACAGUAUCCCAGGUUAACUCAAAUUUCAAGAGAAAUUUGGGACUGGUGUGAAAGUCACGAGCUCUAUAUCCAUGCAUCUUACUUGCCUUCUAAAGAAAAUAAAGAAGCCGAUGAAGGAUCGAGAAUGCUUCCACAAGAAACCGAGUGGGAAUUAGCAUCUUGGGCAUUCCGAAAAAUCGAACGAAUCCUUGGGCCUUUUGAGAUUGAUCUCUUUGCCUCGAGAGCAAACGCAAAAUGCAAAAAAUAUGUCUCUUGGCAAAGAGACCCGGAUUCAUUUAACAUAGACGCGUUCACCAUAAAUUGGAAUCAAUAUUCGUUUUAUGCUUUUCCUCCUUUUUCUGUAAUACUGCGAGUACUACAGAAAAUUCAAACAGACAAGGCGACAGGAGUUGUUGUGGAAGACGCAUCCUCUGCAUCAAAACCUCACGUUGAUAGCUGCCAGAUUAUCAGGGAAUCGUUCCAGCGGAACGGAGCAACCAAGGAAGCAGCGGAGGUAAUGCUACAAUCAAUUGCAAAGAGUACACUCAGACAAUAUGCCAAGCCGAUCAGGUUAUGGAGCGAGUUCUGCGCAAAGGAGAGUAUUGAAUUAUACAACUACGACAUCUCAAAGAUUCUGCAGUUCUUCACCGAAAUUUUGAAUCAGACGAAAUCUUACAGCACUGUAAAUGUUUACAGGGCAGCUUUGUCCCUUAUAAUGGGAAACAAACUCGGCGAGGACAAUCGAGUGUCUAGAUUCUUCAAGGGCGCAGCCACGCAACUGCCUAAGACCUACAAAUACGAUGUUACUUGGGACCCUGAUUUGGUCCUCAAUCACCUAGAGAAAUGGUACCCUAAUGAAAACCUCACCCUGCAAUUGCUCACUAAAAAACUGGUAACAUUACUCGCUCUGAUCACUGCACAGAGAGUACAGACACUGUCAGCGAUUCAACUGGAGAAUAUCAGCCUUGACAGGGAUACAAUCCGGAUCAAAAUCACAGAAAAUCUGAAGACGUCGACAAGGAGUAAAUUCCAACCAAUUCUAGAGGUGCCUACAUUCACAGAAAAGCCGCAGAUAUGUGCAGCUUCGACUCUUCGGGCAUAUAUCACCAAAACAGAAAACUUAAGAUCAGGCAAAUCGAGUGCAGGAAAAUUGUUGCUCACUCACAAAAAGCCUCACCAUCCUGCUACAGCGCAAACAAUAAGCAGAUGGAUUCGUGAAACUUUAGAAGAGAGCGGUAUAGAUACGAAAAUCUUCACCGCACAUUCCACGCGACAUGCAUCAACUUCAGCAGCGGCUCGCAGAAGUACAAACAUUGAAGUUAUCCGUAGAGCAGCCGGCUGGUCGGCCAAAUCAUCUACGACAAGCGUGGAAAUCUGCUACACCAAGGAGGGAAUUACAACUCCAAGGAUCAGACCGCCUCAAGGAGGCGCAAAAAUUUCUCCGAGGUGUGCGGAGUUGGCUUUCUACUCCUGUAUAGGCCGACCCGCUAAAACCACACCCUUUUCUCGGAACCGUUUACUCUUACUUGCGGAACUGUCGUCCGGUUCCGGAACUUCGUAG